GUACUCUUCUCUACCCACCACCAACUUGGCCCUGACCUCACCUCCCCAUCUUGGGCUCCAUCCCCCUGGAACUUGGAUCACCCAACACCCCACCAAUUCCCUUUCACAAACAGGCUACCAUACUUAACACACAUAUGAUACAUGGUAGCAGACGUGUUUAAUGAUGUAGAGUUUUAUCCCAGGGUCCUGGGUCCUCUUUGAAGCACUUGAAGACUCAGGAAGGCAGUUGGAUCUCAAAGUUCCAAGGGUCUGGGAUCCAACGGUGGUGAUUCUAAUGAAAUGCUCCCACCCUGCUAGAAGUCCCGCUCCUCAUGAGAAUAACAGCAGAGGAGCCCAACUAUCUCUCUUGGACAACUGAUCCUAAAAUCGCCCAGGUCUCCUUCAAUGUGUAUCAGGCAGAGGACUGAGCUUUUUCUUGUGGUGUAUUCUUGUUCCAUCCAGAGAAGACCUCUGAAGGAAGGUCAGCAUUUCGGCCCCAAACUGUCUUACAAGAGCUUGCAGAGGAGAUGGCAGAAGUAGCAACAGACUGGCGUGAAGAUGACUUGGAGGAAGCAGAGGACCUGCGACCUCCUGAAUCAGAUGGAACCUUCCAACAAGUCACCAACCUCCUGAACAUCAUGGACAAUGAGUCAGCAAAGUCAGACAAGGCUGGGGAAGGUCUGGACAUGCGGAAGACCUUGGCCUCAGUGAUAAUCACAGAUAAAGCCACUUCAGAGCCUUCCACGGUGAUGAAUGCCCUCAUCUGCUCCCUGCGGAUGUCAGAGAUUUCCACCCAGCGCAAAGUCAACAUUUACAACAUUCUCCAGGAAAUCAUCCAGCAGGACGGGGAGCUGGAGGAGCAGUGUGUGCAGAGGCUGGUCACCAUCGCCUCCAAGGAGAUGAGGACGCUCUCAGAGGUGGAAGACAAUGUGAAGGCGGAGGCGGCCAGUAACACCCUGGUGGCUCUGUCCCGAAAACACUUCAGCUUGGUCAUGUACGAGCUGCAGCACCACCUCAAGCCCCUCAGCCUCUCUGAUGAAUUUGUCAUUGUCACCUUGGCCAAGCUGGCCAAUGGCAAUGUAUUUGAGUUCAUGCCAUACAUGGGUAUCACUCUGGCGACCAUACUCACGAUGCUGAGACUUGCAGAAGAAGCCAAGAUGCGCCAGGUGAUCUGUGGUGCCGUAGAGACCUUCUGUGAGACGGUGAAGUUUUACCUGAGGCACCUGGAGGACAGCACGUACCCUGUGAUGAGUGAGGAGCAGUUCGCUGUGAAGCUGUUCCCCAUGUACCGCUACUUUGUGACCGUAUGGCUGAGACAUCCCAGCCCUGAGGUGAAGGUGGGGGUCAUCAAGUCCCUGAAGCCCAUGCUGAGCCUCCUCCUGCCCAAUGAUGACCUGCGGGAGCAGGUGUAUGACUAUAUCCCCUUGCUACUGGCCGAGUACCAGAGCAGCCUGGAGCCGUUCUUCAUCACACGGGUCAUUCGACAGAUUCUGGAAGCAUCAGUCACCACCAAUACCCCCAUCCCCCAAAUGCAGCUCCACCCCGUUUUCAUGGAACUGCACGCACAGGUGUGUAGCAAAGGCCCAGCUCUGCACCAGUACAGCAACCAGAACCUGGCAGAGACCGUGCAGUGUUUCAUAGCCCUGGCACGCUCCUACCCCAGGGAGCUGAUGAAGUUCCUCUUCAGCCAGAUGGAGGCAGGCAAGGAGGCCACCCGUGUAGCUAUACUGUCCCUGAUCAAGGAUUUGGUGAGCGCUGAUGAGCCCAGAAUGAAUAACAGGACCAUUGGCCUAGCCAUCCGGGUGGUCAAGAGCUCCCUCUCUGAUACCCGGUCCAAGGUGAGAGUGGCUGUUCUCCGCAUCAUCGGCCAGCUGGCUCAGUCCGGCUACCAGGACAAGAUCAAAGGCUGGGGCCUGAAGUAUGUGUCUGUGCAGCUGACCCUGUCCACCUACAGACUGGAAAAUCACCGGGAGAAGUUUUAUCCAAAUGACUUGGAGGAGAAGAUGGUUCAUAAAGUCACCAUGGACACCGUGAGGAUCAUAACGUCUUCUGUCAGUGGCAUGACUCACGAGUUCUGGAUGAGACUGCUAAGCUACAUCAUGGAGACGGACUGCAGGGAGACCUUAACCCCCAUCUGUGUCAGCCUCACGAACCUGGCGAUGUGCCAGCUCCACGACAGUGACCAGGAGGCUGGUGUGGCUGGCAAGCGCAAACAUGUGGCCCUCCCUUCACCUCAGAAGCUGCUGGCCCGUCUCCUGGUGCUGAUGUCAUCUCCCUACAAAGGGGAGGGCCGUGGGAUAGCCAUGCUCAAUCUCCUGAGGACACUGAGCCACAGCAUUGUGCCCACCUUGGCCAACAUGUGGCAGCAGGAAAUCCCUCUACUGGUCCAGUACCUGGAAGAACACACCGAAUUCACUUGGAAUCAGAAGACCUGGGAGAAAAAGCUUAUUCAGUUCCUGAGGAACUCCCUCAAGAGGACCAAGGGGACCCACUGGAGCCUGCAGCUGAGCAAAGAGCUGAACAACCUGCUCAAGAGCUUUGAUAGCCCCUCUUUGGAAAAGGGCUUCCUGUACCAGGCCUUGGGUUUCACUCUGGCCAUGGGCCUGGAGGCCGACAAGGUGCAGUUGCUGCUGUUGGAGCUGCUGUACAAGACAGACUACGGCAAUGACUUCGACAGGGAGGGUGUGAUUCAGUGCUUUGGCCUGUGUGCCCACGGCCAGGUGAAGACAGUGCUGAAGGUGCUCCAGGACUUCGAGGAGAGGAUCCAGGAGUCGGAGCAGAGCUGGCAGAUCAGUGCCUGGCAGAAGGACCACCCCUGGAGGCGGGAGACCAUCAAGAGCACCCUCAUGGCGAUGUACAGCUGCGUGUCCUCUUACUGCCACCCCCAGAUGCUCCUCGCCUACGUGGACAAUCCCAUCACCACGAAGGUCGUUCACCACUACUCCAGUAGCUGUCAGGACAUCGGCCUCAAAAUGGCCUUCAUGAAGAGUGUCAUGCAGCUCACCACUGCCAUCAGAAAUGUCAAGGACCUGGAGGGUUUAAGUUUUGCCCCAAAGUCGACUCUUACUGGCCUCAUAGUGGCGAUCAUCAAGGCAGAGCUGACCACCCACCUGGCUUCUCCCGUGCGGGCAAUGGCCAUGGAUGCCCUCUCACAGCUGAGCAAACUGAAGCCUUUCUACUCCAUGGAGGAGAGCAGCGAGCUGAUGGAGAUCAGUAUCCAUUCUGUAAUUUCUCUCCAGCCUCCAGGAGAGGACAAUGAGUCCAUUAAGACCCUGUAUACGAACACCCUGCGCUCCCUGGAGGGGUUGAUGGAGGGCCUCCUGCAGAGACAGCUGGACCCUAAGGGACUGCAAGAGAUGGUGCACCUCCUGGAGAAGUGGAUCUUGUCAGAGAAAGAAUGGGAGCGGGAGAAAGCCAUGAAACUCCAUCUCCGCCUCAUGGAGAUCUACAUGCAGAGCAUCGGUGUCUGUAUCCCCCUGAAGCUUGGCCAGUUUGGCACUCUGGUGGGACUCAUCGCCCCGUGUACCUGUGAUGCCCACCGAAGAACCCGCAUGACCUCAACUAAUGUCCUGUCCAGCCUGCUAGAUCUUCAUGCAAGCCAGACCUGCUCCUUAUGGGGCACUGCCAAGGAAAAUGAGCUGCAGAAAUGUAAGGAGGACCUGCUGAGCACGGACGAGGAGAAGAUUUUCUGUGCGUCCUCCAGAAUCGCCAAGGUGGUCUGCAUGGAGUUUAAUUGUGACGAGGUGGUCUCACUCAUCCAGAAGCUCUGUGAGAACAUCGGGGCCAUGGAACUGCAGCAUGACAAGGCUGCCGUCACCUGGAUAGGCACCUUCCUCCAAAUGCGGGUCAAGGAGCUAGAUGACAAGGUGGCUGACAUCUUGGGUGCCAUCCUGGUGCACCUACCUGCGGUGGAUCACCUGGAGGUGCGGCAUCUUCUCAUUGAAGGCAUCCUCCUGCUGGCACAUUACCACCAGGAGACAGUCCUCACAUCACUACUUAGACAGCCUCUGCCCAUGCAGAGCCACCUGAAGGAGGUGUGGCUGGCCGUGGCGGAGAACAUGCCCUUUGCACGGAGCAUGCUGCGUGGCCUGAUGGGCCGGCUGCAGACGCAGUUCACACCCAGGGUGCAGGUCACCUCCAAGACUGAUGUCUGGCGCCUGGCUGCAGUGGAUCCUCUGAUGACCUUGUGUGCCGUGUUCUUCCUUAUCGAGAAUGUGGACAAAGACGACAAGCUGCUGGACCUGUUCCCUGACCUCGUCUAUACCUUCCUGAUGCAGCUCAGCUGCAGCCACAGGCCUGAGGCCACCUCAUCUGUCCUAAAGACCUGGAGACUGGUCCACAUGGGGACCCUGCCCGAGGAGCUGACCCUGCAGAGGGUCACCAUCCAAUGCAUGCAGCUUCUGUUUGAGAGACUCAGCAGCGAGGGCCUGGCGUGCACCCUGGAGGAGCAGUUGGUGUGGGGUCAACUGGAGAGCGGCGCUACCUUCCUGGACGGAGUCAGCCUGCUGGCCAGGCUGUGCGUGCAGAGUGAGGUGGGCUGCAGGCAGCGGCUGCUGAAGCUGGUGCUCAGGGGCCUGGGCUCGGAAGCGCUGAGCUGUCGGAUCAGCUGCGCAGCGGCCUGUGUGGAAUUCAUGAGCCUCCCAGUUCUGCACCAGGAGAAGCUGCUGAGGCCGGCGGUGCUGAUGCUGGAGCGGGGCACGGGGCAGCAGGAGGAUGAGGCUCUGCAGGUGCUGUCCCUGCGUGCCCUGGGCAACAUGGCCAUCGGUGCACCCCGAAAGGUGAAGCAGUACCGGAAACUCCUGCUAGAGCGGUGCCUGGAUUCCCUUCGGGUGGCCACUGGCAGCAGGGUGAUCGUGGAGGGCAUGGAGGCCCUGACCAAAGUCCUGGCCCAGCUCCGAGAGGGGGAUGUGGGCUCUUCUUCUUUCAAAGCCAUCUCUGGGCAGUGCAGGCUCUUCUUUGACAACGAGAGCGAGCUGCUCCGGGAGAAGGCUUUUGUCCUCUUUGGGAAGCUGGCCAAGGUGGUCGGGAUCGCCAGGAAGCACUUCUUCAAGGAGGAAGUGAAGAAAGCCUGGGUGCCCCUCCUGCUGCACUGCCAGGACCCCUGCUCCAGCACAGCCCAGGCCUGUGAGGCUACUAUGCUUCAGUGUGUGCACUUCUGGGGCUGGAAGUCCCUGGAGAGCCCCCUGGGGUAUAGCGACUCUGGCACUGAUGAUGACAAGAUGACCAUUUUCCAGACCAACAUGUGCUCCAUCCUGACUCAGAAAAAGCCUGCUGUUCUCUACGGCUUCCUGCUGGAAACAAUGAGCUACAUUAAAAAUCACUUGUCAAGGAUCAGGAUCGUUGCCUGCAACUUGGCAGGAAUUAUUAUGAAGCAGCUGCCUGCCCAUUAUGUGAAGAAGCUGGACCUGCCAGCCUUACGGAAUUCUCUCCAGGAGCUGCAGCUGGACUCGGACCCUGGCGUCAGGAGGGCAGCCCUGGAGACUCUCAAAGUUCUGGACAGCUGCAGUCGGUCCUGGCUGCCGGCUUUGCCCGGAGUAUCCUAGUGGCCCACAUGUGAGCUGUUUGCCUCCUGAGUGCUGCCCCUUUCCACGGCAAUGCAAGCCUUUUUAAAUUUAGUUUUGAAGAAAAACUUUGUAGAACAAUCAUCAGGCUUUUCUUUUCUCCUGCUAAAAUAAACCUGCAUUGCCACUGGA